UUGCUGGGCGAUUGCUCAUACGCCUCGUUGGCCGUCGUCGAGUGCGGUUGUUUUGCUUGGCCCUCUUGGCUUAAUCGGGCGAUUUCGUGACGGAACGGGACACUUGGCGCGUGUUUAAAUUAUUUAUUUGUUCGAGCACAAAAUUCAAUAUUACAAAUUUGCUGAAAAUGCUUGCAGACAGCUUAAGCGGGAGGCGCAGGUCGCCUGCAAUUUAAAGGGACCAAAACCAAAAAAAAAAAAAUCAAAAUCAAAAUAAAAAAAGGAAGCGAAAAUAAUAUUGGAAAAAGUAUACAGAAAGUGCACGUAGAAAAACGAUCGCAAUGCCCACGAAGGCGGCAAGAUCGGCAGCCGACUACGAUUCACAGGAUGAGGCCAACACAGAGCUGCUGGAGAAGCUGAAGCAUCUCGAUCGCCGUGUCGAGGCUGUUGAGAGCGGUGGCGGUGGCUUGUGCAGUCGCAGCGCUGCCUGCUGGCAGUCGCUCAAAUGGAAAUCGGCUUUAAAUCACAUCGGAUUGCUUGUCUCGCUGUCCAUCUACUGCGGCGUGGGCGGAUUGAUCUUUCGCCAUUUGGAGCGACCCGCAGAAGUGGAGCGUUUGACACAGCUGAAGGAUGUGGUGAAAUCACAGCGGGAGCGCUUCAUGAGCACCAUUCUGAAUAACACCGAAGUGAACAAUCUCAAUGAGCUGCUCUCCUUUGAGCUGGCCAAAUAUGAAGCGGCCGUACAAGAGGCGGCCGAGGGCGGGCUGCUUAUCGUAGCCGAUAAAGACUUUCCAGAGCCCUAUGAGCGCUGGAGCAUACUACAAGCUGUGUUCUUCUCAUCUACUGUGUUAACCACCAUAGGGUAUGGCAACAUUGUGCCAGUUACGAUCAGUGGUCGUGUAUUUUGCAUUUGCUUCGCCCUCAUCGGCAUACCAUUUACGCUGACAGUCAUCGCCGACUGGGGCAGACUCUUUGCCAGCGCCGUCUCCGUGUUCGGCAAGCACAUGCCCACCAAGCCAAAGUUUACGAAUUUCAUUGGCAAGACUUGGUUCUAUGCGAUACUCGCCGUUGGCUUUCUGGGCGUUUAUUUGGCAGCGGGAGCUGGAUUGCUGCUGCUCUGGGAGGAUGACUGGACAUUCUUUGAUGGCUUCUACUUCUGCUUCAUCACAAUGACAACCAUUGGCUUCGGCGAUCUGGUGCCUAAGAAACCCAACUAUAUGCUGCUCUGCACGUUGUAUAUACUCAUUGGCUUGGCUCUCACUUCGACCAUCAUUGAGCUGGUGCGUCGUCAGUAUGCCACCAGCUGGGCCAAGCUGCAGGAACUUUCGGGUCCCAUGGCGGAGACAUUACGUCGUUUGGGCGAAACGGCGGGCACGGGUCUCGACUAUGCCACACUGCAAAAAAGUGUAUCCAUGCCCAAGUGGAGCAGCAACAAGAAGAACGAACACAAUUCGGAUAUUGCUGCGCUGGAGGCCAUAACCAAUGCCAUACUCAAGGAGGUGAAGGAGGCGCAGAAUAGCAAACCGAAAGUGCUGCAAAUUGUCAUUUACGAGUCAUCCGUUUAGAGACUCAUGUUUCACACCUGCAA